UUCCCUUUUCCACCCUGCUAUAAACACGCCGGUUAUAGCAGCAGGAUCGGAGGGGAGCAUCGGCCAGCAGCCAGCUCAGCACGUCUUGGUGGCUGGACGGUACCUCCGCACUCCUGUGAGGAUGGCAACGCGUCACCUGGCCCUGGCUGCCUCGGUGCUGGCCAUCUGCAUGGUGCUCACCAGGGCCACUAAACCCGGCUUUGUGGCCAGAAUCACUGUUAAAGGCCUGGACUACGCUCGUCAGGAGGGCAUCGCUGCCCUGCAGAAGGAAUUAGCCAAGCUGAAGCUGCCAGACUUCUCGGGGUCCUUUAAAGUCAAGGUCUUAGGGAAGGUGCGCUACACAUUCUACAGUCUGAACCUUCGCAGUUUCCAGUUGCCGAGUUCGCAGAUUGCCCUGAUCCCCAACGUGGGCCUGAAGGUCUCCAUUGCCAACGCCUUUGCCCAGCUGACGGGGAAGUGGAAGGUGAAGAAGAGAUUUCUCAGGGACAGGGGUUCAUUUGACCUGAAGGUCGAGGGUCUCUCUAUCUCUGUUGGUCUGAAGCUGGGCAGCGACGCCUCUGGGAGACCCACCAUUACCACCUCGGAGUGUGGAACCCACAUCUCCAACGUUCGGGUGCACAUUUCGGGCAGGUUUGGCUGGCUGUACAAUCUCUUUCACAAGAAGAUUGAGUCCAGCUUCAGGAGGACCAUGGAGGGCAAGGUCUGCGAAGCAGUGACCAGCUUUGUCACCACCAAGCUGCAGCCCUAUCUCCAGACUCUGCCAGUCACAGCAAAGAUAGACAAGGUGGCUGGGAUUGAUUACUCCCUGGUUGCACCUCCCACGGCAACAGCCCAGUCUCUGGAUGUGAAUCUGAAGGGUGAAUUUUUUUCCCUGGCCCAUCGCUCUGCCGUCCCCUUUGCUCCUCCCAUAAUGGCCUUCCCCGUGGAUCAUGACCGCAUGGUUUACUUCGCAGCCUCCAGUUACUUCUUCAACACAGCUGGCUUUGUGUACCACACGGCCGGGGUCCUGCUCUUUGAGAUCACUGAUGCCAUGAUUCCGAAGGAGUUUAAAUUCCAUUUGAACACCUCCACUUUUUCAGCCUUCAUUCCCCAGCUGGAAAAGAUGUACCCAGACAAGCUGAUGAAGCUCAGGAUUAAAACCUCUUCUCCUCCGUUCCUGACCAUCGCACCUGGGAACUUGUCGCUUACGCCUGUUGUGGAUAUCCAAGCAUACGUUAUCCUACCCAACUCCUCCUUUGUCCCCAUCUUCCUCCUCAGCGUGACCAGCAGCGUUUCAGUCAAGCUUAUGGUGACCUCUGCCGAGAUAGGUGGGACCCUGGAGCUUGGCAGGCUGCAGCUGUCACUGAAGCACUCGGACGUCGGCCCUUUCUCUGUGCAGCUGCUGCAGGCACUCAUGAACUUCUAUGGCUCCAGCAUCCUGAUCCCACGCAUUAACGCGCUACUCAGGGAGGGCUUCCCUCUCCCACUGCCGGCUCGCGUCCAGCUCUCCAACCUCGUCAUACAGCCCCGCCAGAACUUCCUGCUGUUUGGAGCAGAUGUUCGUUACAUAUAGAGACGCUGAGGACGAGACGCUGAAAGAAACGACUGAUAC